AUGGCUUCAACUUCCGAAAGCCCAGAGCUGUGCCCAGCAGAUGCCAUCAAUGAUUUGGUCAGCCCUUGCCCAACACGCGAGAUCCUGCUCAGGAUGGUCAAUCAGGAUGACGUCUCUACAUUGAGCGCAGUAGAGGAAAUCGUCGUUUUGACUAGAGCAGCUAGCGAAACCGAUACGCUAUCCGGACACGCGAAUAUCGUAACUGCCACUCUGAUUGCAUUGGCCAAGCGAAUACCACAUGAUCUGCAAUCCAAGCUUGUUGAGUUCACCGUUCGCCUAGGACAGACCACCCUGCCGGACUUGACAGAGGGAGGGGAGCUAUGCUUCCUUGCCGGGCGUACACCGGUAUCAUUUUGGUCGGAGAUGCCUGAUUUUAAAGAUCGAUUGGCCGAUGAAUGGCUGAGACACUCCAGGGUCACUCAUGAUGACCCUUUGAUGGAUUUUGACCAUGCGAAUUUAGUGGCCUUUUAUGCCCAGCUCGGGACAUUGAAAUUCCAGGGCCUUGAUCAUGCCAUUGAUUGGGACCAUCCCCAUCUGAGGCAGAUUUAUCGCAAGAUAUCGCUUUCAAGUCAAGAUGUGCGGGUAGCCUGCAUGUGGUUUAUUUACUCGCCGAGGAAGGCUUGGGCAGAUGUCAAUGUCAACAGCGACGACGGCUCUCACCCCAGGCUCUGGCGAAGUUGGAAGAACAUUCUACGGAAUUACCAAUUCUCGGAUGAUGAUGAUUCAGAUCUCCAGAUUUCUGUCGCUCGUGCUCUAGAUAGCAUGAACAAGACUGAAGCUGAGCUGAAGAUAAACGGCUCUGUUCCCCGCGUAUGGCAGAACGGGGCACAGAGCCCCUACAGAUCGCCUCAUGAUCUGAUACGCCACAUUGAGAAGCUGAGGUUUUAG